UUAAAGACUCUGUUCGCCGUGUUGGGAUGUUUGGUUUCAGCCUCAGUAAUAUACACUAUCGCUACUGAUGGCCUCCCUUUCCGCAUUGAACUCCUCACCCCAUGGAUGGCAGCACUACUGAUAGAUUUCUACAUCCACAUUCUUGCUAUAGGGUCGUGGGUUGCCUACAAGGAAUCCAACUGGACUACAUCAAUACUUUGGGGGGUCUUGCUAUUAUGUUUAGGAAGCAUUACUACAUGUGGCUACAUUGUAUUGCAAUUGCUGAAGCUUUCAACUCAGGAAUCUUUACAGGAUCCAAUUUACUUUGUCCUAUUACGACGCCAGAAAAAGACUGAAACAGAACAAAAGAGGAGGUGUUCUAAUUUAACCGCAAGAAUUCUCUCUCUUGCUUUGAGCUGUCUGAUGCUGGGGACGUUGAUUUACACCAUUGUAACUGAUGGUUCUCCAUUUCGCAAAGAUAUUUUCACUCCGUGGCUGUCAGCAACAGUUAUUGAUUUCUAUGUCAAUGUUGUGGCUCUCUCGGUCUGGGUUGCAUAUAAGGAAUCAAGUUGGCUAAGUGCAGCUUUCUGGAUAAUACUAAUAAUUUGUUUUGGCAGCAUCAGCACAUGUGCCUAUAUUGCUCUACAGCUUUUCAGUCUCUCAUCUCAAGAUCCCGUCUACCUUGUUCUUUUCAGCAGUCGCAGCAGGGCAGAAAGAGGGUAUGAAGGAAUGUCUGAAACAGGGAACGUUUAUGGCUGAUUUGGUUUGAAUUGAUAAUUGGACUCUUUCAUCAUUUUCUUUAACAAAAUACGUAAAAUAAUAAACUUCUGAUGUACAUAUAUUUGUGUGGAAGGACAAAAUCUUUUCUGUGAUAAUUAUUUUACUGUCUUUUGUGGA